CGAGUGCACGGGUUUGUAUACGCUUCAUCAUUGCCGCUUCAUUCGCAAGCAGCGUCUCUCUCCUCCAUCCUCAUCCCACCACAGCCCGCAUAGCGACCUUCGGUGCAUCUCGCUGAAUGGUGUGUGUUUGUGUUCGUCCGCCGUGGCUGCGAUUACUGCUGCUGCUGUAGGGAAACGGAUCCCUGCGCUGCAUCACUGUAGACCGCUUUGGAUGACAUUUGGGUGUAGGCUGUCCUCACCGUGACAGCUACCAUGGCGAAAGCAGUCGCCUCAUCCAACGUAGUUCCAGGUACAAAGAUGACACCGCCAUCCAUCACUCUACUUCCUGACAAGAAAUCUCCAACAAAUAGUCACAGCUCUCCAGCUCGGACUGGAAAAAACACCCCAUCCAACACAGAGAAGAAGGCACACAUGAACGGACAUGCUUCCCCUUCUCACUUAGCUGCUAAUGUCAGCAGCAGCCACGGAGGUAAACCAAUUCUGGAGGGUUACAUGAAGACAGACGACAGGAUGCGUUUAGCCAAAGAGAGACGUGAGGAGAGGGAGAGAAGCCUGGUGGCCCGGGAGCAGCUGAUCAGGGAGAAGGAGCGCAGAGCUCGGCUGCAGUAUGAACGCACGGUGGAGGAACGCUGGAGGCGGCUGGAGGAGCAGAGGCUGAAAGAGGACCUCCGCAGAGCCGCGGUGGAGGAAAAGAGGAGGCAAAAGCUCGAGGAGGAGAGGGAGCGGUUUGAGGCCCUGAUGAAACGCUCUCUGGAGCGAAGCCUCCAGCUGGAGCAGAGGACAAAACGCUGGGGCAGAGGCUGCCAUCCAGGAGCAGGUGACUGUGAGAAUGCCCCACUCCCUUUCUCUGCUGCCUCCGCCUUUUCCCAUGGCAUUGCCUCCCCCAUUCCUGCUGUCAGCGAAUCUGCACCCUGCAGCCCUCACAGAUCACCUUUCCACAGCUCAGUAAACCAUACAGAUCACAACAGAGCCGGACUUCAGGGAGGCUCUCAGUCCACUCCCAACACCCCAAAGAAAGAGAGGCUGCGCAGAGAGAGAAGAACUGCAUCCCCAGGUUGCGGAUCCCCUGUGAGAAGAUCUGAAUCCCCUGCUAGCGUCACCAAACACUUGGCUUCCCCUACCGCUUCCAAGCUAGCGUCUAAGAUUCGUGCCCAGUCUCCUAGCAAUGCACAUCAGUACCAUUACUCUCCGACGAGACAGCACCCCAGCCUGAGCGAUGACAGAAAAGCAGAAAACGACAAGGUUGGAAAAAAAGGCGAGCAAACCAAAGCUGAGAUUGCAGCCAAAAAGAACGCUGACAUAAACAGCUUGAAUUCAUCUCCACCAGCUCAGAAGAAUAUGCUCAAUGCUGAAAUCGCUAAAACCAAAUCCUCCAAUAUGUACCUCAAAGGGGACACAUCUGACAAAAAUCAGUCGCCUGAAAGAAGGAACCAGAUGGCUCCCAAAGCAGAUCCCUCAGAGAAGAAGACACAGAGCAAUCUUCAGGAGGGAGACAAGAAAAAAGAAUCACCAUCGUGCACAGGUAAGGUGGCUGCUGGCACAUCAGACGCAGAGGAGGCUAGCAGGUUGCUGGCUGAACGUAGGCGCCAGGCUCGGGCUCAGAAAGAACUGGAGGAGAAAAAACGGGAACAAGAAGAAAAAGAAAGAUUAAGGGAGGAGCAGCUAAGGAAGCAACUUGCACAGGUGCAGCAACGGCGAGAGCCGAUGAACCAACAAGUGAAGGAGAGAGGAAAGAGUGAGGAAGACCCUCAUUUGAAAGAAGAAGAGAAACGGAAGAAGGAACAGCAGGAGAAGGAGCUACAGGCACAGAUGGACAGAGAGAAAGAAAAAGCCAAAGUCCAGGCUCAGGAGGAUGUGGAGCGUCAGCGGCAAGACAGGGAACUGCAGACACAGCAGGAGGAAGAGGAGCGACUACAAAGAAAAAAGAGAAUUGAGGAGAUUAUGAAGAGAACUAGGAAGGGUGAAGCUGAGUCGAAGACGGAGGAUCAGGUGGAGACAAAGUGCGUCUCACCACCAGGGGAUAUAAAGACUGUUCAAAGUAAUGCUCAGGUUAAAGAGCAGGUCACAGUUCAGGUCAAAACAAAGGACUCUGCUCUUGGGAAGACAGACGCAGCAGCAGCAGCACAGAUGGACAGUCAGAAGCAAGUAAAAAGCAACAGUCCUCUUGUGAUGCACAGUGUUCCUGACAAGAAAUCUGAGACAAAACAAACCAGUGAAGUGAUUAGCAGCCUACUUAAAGUAGCCAAAGCCUGUGUUCUCAAGCAAGAGGGUGGAGAGGUGGGAAUAAAUGCAAACCAGCAGCACAGAGCAAGUGUUAAUGUCACAGACCAAAUCAAGAGAGAGCCCACAAAGCUGAGGGGAGAGGGCGGUAUGAUGAAUAGUGGAGGAAAGGGUGAAGGAAGUGCCUUGACCAGUACUGAUCUAAGAGCCGAAGUAAGCAAACAGAAGAGCGUGGAUGUACCAGCAGCUGGGGGAAAAGAUAAAGGAGGGUCCCAGGUCGAGGUUGUUAGACCUCCUGUGGCACCACUGCCAAUUGGAAACCUGUCACCACCAGUCAUCAAGCUGGAGCCGCUCGACGCGAAGCACACAGGUUCUUGUGAUGAGGUGCAGUCGAUGGAAAUCAGCCCGGCCUCAAAGGAAGAACUGAUCUCGAUCCCAGAGUACUCACCUGUCAACGAAAUCCAGAGCAAUGGCAUGAGUAACACCCGGGCCCUUGAAGAGCUCAUGGACCUGACAGGAAGCAUCACCUACGUUAAACUGUCCACUGAAAGCACCGUCGGUGACUGCAACAAGAACCUCAUUGAAGGUGUCGUUAGUCCCGUUUCAGAUUCACAGCUCAUGGGGGUGGCACCUCCAUCCUCAAAUAAACUAAGCAUCAAGUAGCUCAUUAGUUCCUUUCUCUUCCUCUCUUGCUUGCCUUCUCUCUGUCUCACACAGGCACACAUACGCUCACAGGAUGUCACAUUUUGAUUAUGUGCUCUUGUGUCAUUACAGUUAAGGGAAUAGAGCCAUAGAGAUUGACCUAAAACUAUACAAUAUGACCUGCAAUAUAAACAAAACAUCUCCUAUGUAGUAAUAACAUAGAAAAUGACUGUGUUAAAGGUUGUGCGACUCUACAGUUCUUCUCCUGAGGACAAGUAUAUGAAAGACAGUCAUAAAAAGACGUUUAUAGAUACGUGAUAUUAUGGCAAAAAGACAAAUAUCAGGGAUUUGAAUACUACAGAAAUUUAGGAAACACACUAUUACUAACUUACAUUAGCCUGGUAAGAGCUUUUCCUGCACAGUUUCCUCACUGGGUCUCAGUUCAUUUCCAUGUUGUAUUAAAGCCUGCUCAGAGCACUGAUGACUGUAGCCUUUCCAAAUGCCCUCCUAAGCCUUUAAAUGACACUCAAAGCAUUCUUGGGAAAGGCAAGACUAUUUAAUGUUAAUGAUGUGUUUAUUUUUAAUGCCUAAAACUUUUAUUCUGGGUCAGUGUUACUGAUGCAUGUAUUGAUAUUGGAUUUGUGUAACAAAUCCAGACAUACUACCAGAUCUACUGCAAUCAUUUAUUUCUUUCUGUCCCAGCAAAUUAUAUUCUUGAUAGUUUCCCCUUUAUUCCUCUUUUAAAUCUUUCUAACAGCAUGCAAAUGAGGGGGGAAAUGACUCCCCAAAUAUUGCAAGUAAACUUGAAUGUUGCAGCAAAUGAAAAGCAAAUUAUGGCAUCAAUGCAAAAAAAAAAAAAAAAAGUACCACAUUGCAGAGUAGGAUCAAUCUUCUCUAUUGCAAAUAUACAGAAAUUGUGAAAGCAAGGCAGCCUUUAUUAAACCAUUUCAGUCAUGGAAUGGGGUUUAUCAUGAUGAAAAUGCUGACAACUGAGCAACUUUGUGUUAUUUAAAAAUAUAUCUGUAGGAGUGCCUUGCUAACUGGUCUAUUAAACAGAGAUUUCACUCCAUGUGUGGACACUGACGUGCAGGAUUAAAGUGCACUGGGGCAGGGAUGUUUGCUGAGCAACUUGCAACUUGUCUGCCCUGUAGCUAUAAAAUGCUGUUUGCUGUUAAUUUUCUCCCUUACAUCAUGCUUACAUCAUGUUGUACUCUGAGAUCACGCACACUUCUUGAACAGUUCAGUGACAUUCAUUUUCUGUGUUGUGUCAAAAUGUAUUUUCAGUAGAGAUGCCUUAUAUGGGACUGAGCACCUGCUUUACUUCAGUGUUUAUUUUGUGUUUAUCCUUUAACUUGACCGCUGGGAUAGUUGUGUGUCUGUGACCUGUAAUACUUGAACCUUGGUUUGAAAUGCUUCAUCUCUACCAUGCUGCAGACAGUUAUGCCAGCGUCCUCUGCUGUUAAAAACUGACAUUUAGUUCUUGUUGCCAGACAACCCAAAUCAGAGGCUAUAUAACAGUCAGUUAAGUGAAGUAGCCAUAUUAAA